CUCGGGUCGGACUGACGAAACAAAACAGUUCCGGUUUGUUUUGUGAAUUGUAACUGGACCUUAAACUAAUUAGUGCAAUGAAGUAACGUGUGUUUGCUGUGGAUGGCUAUAUGAUUACAAUCGCACGGACUAAAAACAUUCUGAGAACAGAGAAGGUUGUUUAAGAUACAUGUUUGGAUACACGGGCUACAGUAGCUGGAGUGUUUGGGUGUUGGAGAGAUAGUGAAGAUAUUGGAAGUGAUUAACACCCAUUUACCUGGAUUUGUAUAUACCUGUAAUUGGAUACCUCAGCUAAUCGCAGCAUCAUGAACAACACCAACGUUACCGUGUUCUGUUUAUUGACAAUAUUCUGUGGGAUUGCACAAGCAAGUGUGUGCACUACCAAUGGCCCACUUGGUAUGAUCACGGGGACCAUCAAGGACUGGCAGAUCUCUGCGUCGUCCGUGUACCCGCAGGAGUGGGAUCGGGGGUGCAACGAGAAGUACGCGCGGGUGUAUCUACCCAACAAACUCGGGUGGUGCGCCAAGUACAAGUCAUCGUCAGAAUGGCUGCAAGUCGACAUGGGAGUUGCGGCACGGGUAACGGGAGUGAUGACCCAAGGACGUGGCGAUGGUCUGGAAUGGGUGACGUCAUUUAUGGUGUCAUACAGUAUGGAUGCCUUUCAUUGGAACUACGUCACGGAUAACUAUGGCAACCAAAGGAUCUUUGAGGGAAACACGGACUCCUUCGCUGUGAAGCAUUCCUACCUGGAUAAGCCAAUUAUUGCUCGCUUCGUUAAAUUCCAUACAGUUCAUUGGCACAGGCACCCGAGCAUGAGGGUGGAGAUUAUGGGAUGUCAAUUGUGCAAGGAAUCGAUCGGCCUGCCACCUUACGGAAAGAUAACCGCAUCCUCCAGCCGGAAGUUCCGGAAGAAGAGCUCCUGCCAACCAGAGGAUGGAAAUAUAUUCAGCAAGAAGGCGUGGUGUGCCAAGCAACAAAAUGACAAGCAAUGGCUCCAGCUGGACGUGGGUCCCCCAACCCUGGUGACGGGGGUGAUCAUUAAGGGGAGGGGAGAUACGAAGAGGAGUCACUGGGUGGAAAGGUUUAAGGUCUCUUACAGCAACGAUACACAAGUGUGGUACUUCUACAAAGACGCUGACCACCUCGACCCUAAGAGUCGAUGGUUGUGGAGUCCACCGUCUAAUACAUCUACUUCGCAUUUAAUCCCUGACAAAUACUCGGAGGAAGGCCUGCUGUUUGGGGGCAACUCCGACAAAAACACAGACAGGACGCAUUUCCUCAACUCGCCGUUCGUGUCCCGGUUCGUGAGGUUUCAUCCAAUGGAAUGGCAUGGGAAGAUUAGUAUGAGAGUCGGACUUCUUGGUUGUCCGUACACAGGGAUAUGCAGCAGCGGUUUCAUGAGGAUUAAUGAAGACACGCCGUGUGUUGAGAACCUUGCCUUCAAGAAGGAAUCCUGGAUUAACAGCAAACGUCAUUACAAACGUCACAUCCGGAACCAGGUCGCGGAAGGUCACGCGUCACGUGCGGUGGACGGUAGCCUUGACAUCAACUUUCAGAGUUGCACCAUCCUUGACAACCUCUACGGCGACAACCCCGUGUGGACGGUGGACCUUGGCACCAAACAGGCAGUGGCUGGAGUCAUUAUCUACACGUGGCAAGGACGAAACGGAAUUGACAAACGGCUUCCAGACGACGCUCCAUUGUUUACUAACGAGAACGGAGAGCAACAAGAAGGUACGUCCUUCCAGGAAUACAUGAAGAAUCUGGACAAGUUGGUUGUGUACGUGGACGAAAAACUCAAAGACGAAGACGAUUCCUACGCGUCCGGCAACAUGUGCAACUACGUCAGCAGCCUCAACAACGCUUUGUUUGAGAAGAAACUCAUUCUACAGUGCAUCAGGCGACAUGUUGGGCGUUAUGUCCUGAUCGAGGCUUGGGGGGUCCCCAAUUCUUGGAGUAGACUCUUCAGUGCAGUUCUGUGCGAGGUUCAAGUUUUCAGUUAGUGUGACGUCAUUAUGACGUCAUUGUGACAUCAGAGACAAUGGUGAUAAUGCUGACUGACGUUCUAUGACGAAGGAGGAGGGUAAAGACUGUUCUAUUGUGAUCUCUGCGGGUCGUGACGUUUAUAGUGAGUGUGUUCAAAUCAUGCUUCCUGCUUCAAAGACAUGUCUGUGAGGAGGUUGUAUAACGGAAGUGUUGACUUACCUCCCUUGUCAUAAGGGAGGGGUUAUUAUUUCACAAGCCGUGAUGGUUUGUCAAAUGAGCUCGCAAGUGACUGAGAGCGGGACUCGCACAGUGCCCCUACGCUGUAGUGUGACCCGUGGCAAAGACGCUUCAAAGCGGUUGUACCGUAGAUACACAUUAUUAAGGAUCGUCAUGGAAAAGACAUAAUUCACAUGUUGAAAAUAACUUGUCCCUCAGUAGACACAAACGUAUAUGGGCGACGGUAGGGUAAAGUUGACGUUGCUCGGGAAGAUCCAAAUCUUGCAUAAACAGAAGCGAACUGCGACUUUUGUGAUAGUGUGCAAGGUAGGAGGACGAUGUCAGCGGAGACAUCUUGUCGCCUUGAUGGAUGGCGAGUUGAUAUCGUAUUCAAUGUUACUUACAGCUGCGAUUCGGUGGGGCAACGUGAGUUUAGUUUAGUUGAAAUUAAAAUUUAUGCUAAAAAUUGUGAUAUUUGUUUUAUGAAAUCAAAAUGAUUAGAAACUUAGUUUUGGCAGUCAAAUAUUCAUAUCAAUUCCUGAUAACAAGGAAUAUUUUUCGUUUAAAUGCAAAAUAAGUAUUUACAAAUUCAAAAGAUUAUUUUCCACGCUAAAAGGUAUUUAUGUAAUCACAUAAAUCUUGCUACCUUGAUGAUUACCUAAAAAUAUAUGUUUUGACUCAUUUAAAAAAAUAUAGUUACACAACUUUGGGGCGUUCCCCCAAAACAACGCCCCAUCCAAGCCAUGUUGCCCCACUGCAAAACAUCUUAUAGAUAUUAUGAAGCAAGUACAGGCAUGUAUGUUCAUCCAAAGCAGUGCCAUCGUUUCCAUAGUAACGCAUUUCAUAUUGAAAAAUUAGAAGGAACCUCAUUUUGUUGUAAUUUCAUAGCACUGCCAGUAAUCUUGACUUUGUAUAUAACGAUCUAAGUGUUCCUAGUACUCGGCUCCGAGGGAAAUGAUCACCGAACCGGUUUUACGAAUGGAUAAUCUUGGGACAGGUUAGAAGAUACAAUUAUCACGAAACGAUGGGUACGGGGGGAGUUUCAGGGAAGCUGGGAUCAUUCGCUAUUACUCGUGUUAUUCCGGGACGAGCCGAAUGGCGAUUUGCGGAAACGUGCGAGUGGUGACGAACGGGGAGACUGGAGGAAUUUGGAAAGGGGUGACGGAUGUCUUUAGUCAGGAAACAUGAUAUCAGUGACCAACAUUUGUCCAUAGUAACGUUUGGAUUCGUAAACAUUUCAAAAUUUGACAGUUGAAAAAGAAAAACACUUUCUGAAACGGUUAUUCAGAAUCUUCUCCGAUGAAUCCUUCCCCGAAUUGAAUGUCCUGCUCUACAAAAGACAAAGGUCCCCAAUUUCAAAUGUGCUGGCAAAUUCAAGGGUAGUUAACUUCCAUGCGAAACCGGUUCACUGAUUCUUUUCUUGGUGUAUGGUUGUUUGAGCUCUGGCAGUUCAGUACACCCGUUAUUUAUUUUCAGUGUACAUAAUACUGCUUGAAAUAGAGGUCUUCCCCUCACUCGGACUGACCGAAUGUUGUAUAAAGCAUACCCCUGUAUUCAGUAAGUGUAUAGUAUCUAUGCAAUUCAUCCCGCAAUUGUUAUUGUUACCAGGGAUACUUUCAGGUUGCUUGGCAACGAGUGACGUCAUGAACUAAUGACGUCACCACUUAAGAAAUGGUCAUGGAAUAUAUCCAGGGGUGUAAUUCUGUUGAGGCAGUGUUGAAGAGAAGCCAUUUUCUCAUUGACGCCAACGGCUUAAGAAUCACGUGAUUAAGGAAUCACACGUUGCCUAGCAACAACCUUCCAUGACGGAUAGUUGGUAAGGAUAUAGAGGUAGACAGUUCCCGUGGUAGGUUGUGUAACGAUUGUUGUUGUUUUUGUUGUUAUUGUUACAACACUCUAUAAGUGUUCGUUAUUCUUGAAAAUACCAAAAUGAACUUUGAAAAAAACGUCCUCAUAACUUACAAACUUCUUGACGUGUGGGGAUGAUAUAUUUGAACUAAACUCCAUCAAGUCUUCGACAAAUUCUCUACCUCAGCCGUCUUGGCUUACCUUAGUAACACUGGGAGUAUUGCUUAGUAGCUUCAGUACCGGAAACUGGCGUCUAUGCCCCAAGGUCAUAGGUCAUAUCACAAGGUCAUAGGUCAAAUCUCAAGGACAGGUCAAAUCUCAAGGUCAUAGGUCAAGGUUCAUAUCUUGAAGCGGUUCUAGAUUCUGUUAAGUGUGGAUAACAGGAGUAGAACUAUACUAACCGCUACAGCCAAUGAACUGUAGCGUAAAAUACACCCCAUGGCAAAGAAGAGGUUCCCCACACUUUCCCAUGCGCCGUCUACAGUGUCUUAUUUAAUUAAUGUUAAGCCGUGUGGAGUGUUACAAAAGUUUGACCGUUUCUGUUAUUGAUGUCGUUAUGGACCUUGG